AUGGUAGUAACCGAAAUCAUAAAGAGUUCAAAGUUGCUUAUCACAACUAAUUCACCUCACAGUGCAUUGCAAUUGAGACAGUUCACUGCGAUGGUGCAAGGUUUAGACCCAACCAAUUACCAAAUCGAUCGAAAUGGUCUAACAAUAUUUCGAACUCCUUCAUUGCAAGUGGAUAAAUCAACAUCCUCUUCUUCUUCUUCUUCUUCUUCUUCUUCUUCUCCUCCUCCUUUAUCAUUUAAUAGAAUAUUUCUAUGGGAAUUACCAAGAUAUUCAAGUUCAAAGAUAAUAUUCUUUAAAUCUACUAUGGCAGUAUUUAUAUUGGUGGAUAUGGGUGAUAGAGAAUCAUUGGAGCGUGCUAAAACAGCUAUUUCAGACUAUGAGUCAAUGUAUGAAAUAACAACAGAGUCGAUACUCGUGGGAAUCCAAUCACAAAACAAUGAACAAGCUGUAUCUAAAUAUGACUUGGACCAAUUAGCUCUUGAAAAGGAUAUGUUUCAUGUAAUGAUAAUCAAUCUUUUAUCACCAAAUGAACCUGAUAGAGUCAAAAAAGAAUUCGAUGGUAUUGUAGAAAGACUACAAUAUGUUCCAUUUUGGUCGAGAAAUAUAAGAGAUAUAGGUGGACAAAACUACUCAUCUCUAGCAAUUGACUUGAACCUAAUAAUCCCUAGAUAUGAUAAUAGCAUGGUUACAUUUGAUCAAGAUCUUGUUGACUAUGAUCAUACCAACAACAAUAAUAAUAAUAAUAAUAAUAAUAAUAAUAAUAAUAAUAAUAAUAAUAAUAAUAAUAAUAGAAAUAUUACAAAAAGACUAUGUUCAACUUUAUUUUCAAGUAUAGUAUUUAAAAAUAUUUACUUGUCAAAAAAAAUAUUUGGUUUGGUCAGUAGUAUACAUACACAAGUUAACCCAACUGGUUCUACCUAUCCACCUCGGAAAAUAGAUGAGAUUGGGUUAACCAAUAUUGCAAAAAGAAGAAACUUUUAUCUACUCGAUAAUCAAUCAAGAUCACUUAAACAUAUAGACCUAUUUAUUGAUCAUCGUACUGAUUUUUGGGCAACAUUCUUUAGUGUAAAUACAUCUUUGGAUAGGAUGAUCAGGGUGCUUUCAUGGUCACCAAAAGUUAUAUUCAAUCGAAACUUUAUGGUUACUGUGACGGAUCUGUGUUGUGCAGGUGGUAGUUUGGAAAUUGUGAAAUGGUUGGCAAAACAGAAUCAUAGACCAUCUAUUAGAGGUCUCAAAAGUGCAAUUGCAUUUGGUCAUUUAGAUGUCUUUAAAUUCAUCUAUUCUUCACUAAUACCAAAUGCCAACUCGAAUAAUACAACCUCACCCACCCUCAAUUUAGAAUUCCACAUGGAAACGGUCAACAAACAUUACAACAAAGAAGAGAAACUACAAUUCCACCGAUUUUCAAGUCGAUUUGAAGUAUCUCGUCUAAAAGAUGGACCUAAUCCUCUACUACCCAUCUACACUAUAACCUAUCAAGACCAACAAGAUUAUAUAUACUUAUCAACUAUUUAUAAUCAACCCAAUAUCAAAACCUAUCUUUUAGAUCAACCAAUCAUUUCAUCUUCAAAUAUUUUUACAAACUUUAUUUCUUUUUUCAAAGGAUUAAAAAAAUAA